CACAAUGGUAGAAGGAUAGUGUGGGAAGGAAAAGAAAACACUGUUUGCCCCGUUAGAGUUUCUUCCCAUGAAGAAGUUGCCAGAACUGUACAAGCCUGUUCGAAGAUUAUGCUUGUUGGACACCCGGAGUGUGGCUGUGAUGAACCUAGAUUUAGUCUAGACUGAAAUCAAAACAACACGGGACGUUUCGGUUGGUCUAAUAUUCAAACCUUGCUAAGUUGGAGUCUACAAUAUGAGUUUCACCCGGCGACUAAAACUUUCGCUAGUCAUCCUCACUAUUCUCACCAUUCUUUGGUACAUGUUAUUUGGAAUGGCCCCAUCAGCGAAAGUCUUUGCCAACUCGUUUUUGGGAGCUGGUCAUAGUGAUCAUUCAAAUAUGCGAGAAGUGCUGUCACUAGAGUCAGGAAUAAAACCGACCGUAGUCACUGAUUCGUGGGUUAAGACAGAGGAAAACACGGCAUCUUUAAAGACGAUGUUAGCCUUCCACCAACAUCCAGAACGUUCCCAUAUGAACAGUUCCGUCAUUAGUGGUGUAGUUGUUUUAGUCUCAUCUAUGCCACAAAACACACAACUCCGCAAUGUGAUAAGAAGCACAUGGGCAGAUGCGAAGACUUCCCAAAGAUUGGGACUAACAGUUGUUUUCACUAUGGGUUCACCUAAAGAAGAAAUCAGCGGGCUGACCGACGAGAGUAGUACUUACAAUGACAUACUAAUAGGUAACUUUACUGACGAGGUUCGGGCGUCUACUUUGAAACUUCUUCUUGGGUUGACGUGGGUGGCGCAGAAGUACCCGGAUGCAAAGUUUGUUUUGCUUGUUGAUGACCACACAUUCGUGAAUACUGAAAGGUUGUUGGGGUAUUUGAAAUCUUUGAAAGGCGAGGAGCUGGUGAGGGCGUGGCACGGGAGGCGAUCGUCUGCAACGAUACCAGUACGAGACCCCAAAAGCGUUUGCUACGUGUCAAAGGAACUCUACCCUAGAAAGGCUUUCCCUGAGUAUUGUACAUCAGAAGCUGGUUUCAUUCUCACCAUGGACGCCGUGGAUCUCAUCUUAGAACAUUCACGUCACACACCCCUAGUAACCCUUGAUGACGUCUUUGUGUCAAUCAUUGCUGAGAAGCUUUCCUUCAGACUCUUUGACAAUCAUGCUUUUACUUUGACCAAAGUAAGUCAAGACGGAUGCUCGUUGGAGAGUGUUUUAACUGCCAGAAUGUCCAUUGAAAAUGCCACAGACUUAUUGGUGAUUUGGAACCACGUUAAGAGUGGGAGUUGUAGCAGGCCAGACUGGUUCCCAGGAGAUGGAACCAACGACAGAUAUUUCAAGCAGUGCCUCAAAACGGUGAUAACACACGGUGAUAUUUGUUUUGAAAGAACAGGGGAGAAAAAAGAUGUAUUCCUGCUAUUGCUUGUCAGCUCCUUACCGAGUCACUUCGAGCGCAGGCAGGCCAUUCGGGAGACAUGGGGAAAGCAGAGGGUGUUCUUCGGGAAACAAACCGUCUUGCUCUUCACACUUGCUACAGAGACAAAGAACACGGCCGAGAUACAAAAGAAAGUCAACGAAGAGAACGAAAGACACGGAGACAUCAUCCAAGCAGAAUUCAGAGAGUCCUUCCACAACCUCACCUUGAAAGUGGUCUUCGGAUUGAAAUGGGUGACCGAAAACUGCCCUCACACAAAGUACUACUACAAAGGAGACGACGACAUGUUUGUGAAUAUGAAAAACAUUAUAACAUUGCUGAACAAGACCAGUGAGUCGAACAAGAGGAGAUUGUUUGUGGGCAAUAGAAUGUUAAGAAGUCGUCCAGUAACUAUAAAAAAGAGCAAGUAUUAUGUCCCCAAAACCCAGUUUAAUGAGGCAUAUUAUCCGCCAUAUUGCUCAGGUGGUGGUUACGUCAUUUCAGGGAACCUCAUUCCGGAGAUGUUUAAAGCGUCUCGAUGGAUUCAUGUUAUACCAAUCGACGACGCAUAUCAAGGCAUGCUGGCCAAAAAGGUAGGCUUGCGGGUGACUCAUAACAAACAGUUUCUUGUGUUACCGAGAAAAGGCAAGAAAACAAGUCCAAGCAAAUGCUCUCUAGAGCAGUGCGUGGUGAAGCAUUACAAACACUUACGCUCAUCUGUGGACCUUCGUACAGCAUGGAGUAUAUACACCAAUGACUCUAUUCCAUGCAUUUAGUGCAAACUGUUACAAAUACCAUACAACUGCUUUUAAAGCUAACUUUGUAUCCUGCUGGAGAGAUUUUCUAAUCAACAUCUUUAGCUUCUGACCCCUUCUUUGACAUUGUACAUUGUUCGUGCAUUGUUUAAAUCACUUCCGGGAAGUGUUUGCCUUGCACUUCCAUUAAUGUGUUGACUACAGUUACAUGCAUGCAUCAGUCAUCCUGAAAAGAAAGGAAGAAACUUUUUAGAGACCAAUGCUAAGCACAAUUGAAGGUGUUAAUUGAGCAACGCAAUGCUUAUAUUAAGAAUCAAUGGUUUGAGGUAAUUUUUAAUAAAUUUUAUAGGGUGUAGUUUUUAUGCUUUUUAAAAUUAAAAUAGUGAA